CGUAGGCUGAUCGUAGGCUGCUGGUGUUAUACUCGUGUGCGCGUGUAGCGUGAAGAAGAAAACGGCGAUAGCAAGAGUGAAAUAUUUCCAAAGUGUGUUGUGCUGGGCACAACAACGGAGCAGAAAUACUAGCUAGCGACCCGACCCGACCGACUAUUGUGUUCGGCGCGGCGCCCAGCGAUGUUUCCUACGGUUGAUGGCUUAUCUGGUUGUGUUUCCUGGUCGGUUUCCGGUCACUAAUGGUGCGCCGUCGUCGACGUCGCCGAUCGCCUGAGAUCGUCUCCGUAGUGACGUAGCGUAGUGCUGCCUCCGCGCGUGAAGGGGGCCAUCAUUUGUGAAUUCGGCGAGCUCUCGUGCGGUGCAAGAAGAGCACGCGGACAGCGGUGCAGGGCGGUGCAAAGCUUACUCCUACAGCAGCCGGACGACGGGUGCUGCACCACCACGAUGAACAAGCUGGAACAUUCGCGUCGAAAUGGCACCCAAAAGAUACGACUUACCAUUCUCUGCGCCCGCAAUCUGGCCCGGAAGGAUAUAUUCCGUCUUCCGGAUCCAUUCGCCAAGAUCACCGUCGAGGGCACGCGCCAGGAGUACACGACGGACAUCAGCAAGGCGUCGCUCGACCCACGGUGGAACUCGUACUUCGAUCUGUUUCUCGGCAAGAACGACAACAUCGUGAUCGCGAUCUACAACCAGCGCAAGAUGCACAAACGGCAAGGCUUCCUCGGCUGCGUGCGGAUCGCCGCCUCCAGCAUUCAGAUGCUGCGUGACACGGGCUAUCAACGGUUGAAUCUGGUGAAGCGAACGCAGGACGAUCCGGAUCAGGUGAAGGGCCAGAUUAUCGUGUCGCUGAUGUCACGCGACAGUACGACGGGUGGAACGCGGCUUGCGAUCGUCGGUCCGGCCGGGGACGUCCGGGUGACGGACGAUGAUGAUUCGGCCGAUGCACUGAUCGACGAUCAGCAACCGCCGCAUCAGCAGCCGCAGCAGCCGCAACAGCUGCAACAACAAAACCAACUGCCACAGGGCUGGGAAGAGCGCUCGACGCCAAACGGCCGCACGUACUACGUAAACCACUACACCAAAACGACUCAAUGGAUGCGCCCGACGGAACCGGCCGGAAGUCCGACCGCGCCGGUUAAUGGGAAGACACCAGCGCAGCAGCAGCAGCAGCACCACCCGGUGAUUGCUAACGGUGCUGGAGACGCGAUCGUGGUGGUGCCGCCCGGUCCAUCGAAAUCGGCCACCAGCAACAGCAUCGCCAACGUCCAAUCGAACGAUGCGCCGGUCAGCCGGCGGCACUCGACCGAGAUACUGCUCAGUUCGAGUAACAAGGAAAACUGCAACAACCAUCAGUCGCCGCCCAAGGACGCACGGAAGGACACGGAAGGCGGGGCGGUCAUCAGCAACGGGCACGGCAGCAGCGUGCGGCAUCGGAACGAAGCGAAGAGCCCCAUCCGGAGCAACAGGGAGGAGGAUUCGGGACUGAUAACCCCCAGCUCGAGCACGACGAGCCCGCUGAGCGAGAUCAACAGCCCGAUUGUGUCGUCCAAAUCGCCGGACAUCUCACCCCGGUCGGCCAACGGAGGAUCGGGAAGAGAAGCACAACCGGUGGUAACCGGGAUAACGAGUGCGAUCGGAUCGCUUUCGAUGGAAUCACCCGUCGGCGGCGGCGGCGGCGCACGAUCGCCGGUCAAUGGAACGAACGGGACGGGUGGUAGUCCUGCGAGUAGCUUUAGUAGCCCAAAUCACACCAACAACAGGACGGCCGGUUCCCCGGAGUCGCCCCUAACGGCGGGAGGACAAUCGCAUCAACCUAAACCCACUGUGCCUUCGUAUCUGCCGCUUCCGGCGAACGGCAACAGCAGUAGCGUGGUGCCAACGGCAGUUAACGGCACCAGUACCAAUGGCACUACGAACGGGGUGCCGAAUGGCACCGGUCCGGAUACGGUCGGUGGUGAUGGCGGCGGCGCACGUCACCAUCACCCCGAGACGAGCCACAGGGAACCGUCGGCUUCGCGUAAUCGCCCGCGCUCGGGACGCCACCCCGAGGAAUCGUCCCGUCGGCGGCCGUCCCGUGAUCGACCACCGCGGCCGGCACUGGGCAGCGGACCUGCUAUGGCUGUGCAGGUUCGCCCGGGUGCCGGUGUACCGUUCGUUCGUCCGGCCGUUGAUCUUCCCCACGGAUACGAAAUUCGAACGACACAACAGGGACAGGUGUACUUCUACCACAUACCGACGAAGCAAUCGACGUGGCACGAUCCGCGGAUACCGCGUGACUUCGACACGCAGAACCUGACGACGGAAACGCUCGGUCCGCUGCCGCAGGGCUGGGAACAGCGCAAGACCGCGUCCGGUCGGGUGUACUUUGUCGACCACAACAACCGCACGACCCAGUUCACGGACCCGCGGAUCAACAUCCACAUCCUGCAGUUGAUCCGGCGGCAAAACACCGCGGUGCCAUCGUCACCAGCCGGCAACGGUUGCUCGUCCUCGGUGGUGGUCGCCGGCACCGGUCUGGCGCCCUUGUCGGGGGCCGGACCGCAGGUACCGAAUGGCAGCGCCCUCUCGGCGGCCGCUCGGCUCGUGAUGGGUGGUUCCCCGGACGCCGGCAACAUCAUUUCGAACGGAGACACGAAUGUGGCGCUGGUGGCCCCCACACACCUUCACCCGGCGAGGGUAGCGCCACCGCCCGUGAGCAACAACAUUCCCGAUCUGCCGCAGGGCCUGAUGGAUGGAGCGGAUCUGCUGCCCAAGUACCGGCGGGAUCUGGUGGGCAAGAUACGCGCCCUCCGGCAGGAGCUGCAGCUGUUGCAGCCCCAGUCGGGCCACUGUCGGUUGGAGGUGUCUCGAAAUGAAAUCUUCGAAGAGAGCUAUAGACUGAUCAUGAAGAUGCGACCCAAAGAUAUGCGCAAACGGCUGAUGGUGAAGUUCAAGGGCGAGGAAGGGCUCGACUAUGGUGGCGUGGCGCGCGAAUGGCUGCAUCUGUUGUCGCGCGAGAUGCUCAACCCCCAGUACGGUCUGUUCCAGUACAGCGGCGAGGAUCACUACUCGCUGCAAAUAAACCCCGACUCGGGCGUCAAUCCGGAGCAUCUGUCGUACUUCCAUUUCGUCGGCCGCAUACUGGGUAUCGCCGUGUUUCACAAUCACGUGCUGGACGGUGGCUUCACGCUGCCGUUCUACAAGCAACUGCUCAACAAACCGAUCACCCUGUCCGACAUCGAGGACGUCGACCCGUCGCUGCACCGUAGCCUAACGUGGAUUCUUGAGAACAACAUUUCCGGUGUGAUCGACUCAACGUUCAGCGUGGAGAACAAUAGCUUCGGGGUGCUGAAGGUGCACGAGCUGAAACCGAACGGGGGCUCGAUUGCGGUCACCGAGGACAACAAACGGGAGUACGUAAAGCUGUACGUCAACUACCGGUUUAUGCGGGGCAUCGAGCAGCAAUUUUUAGCUCUCUCGAAAGGAUUUGGGGAGUUGAUCCUUAGUCAUCUGUUGCGGCCGUUCGACGAGCGGGAACUGGAGCUACUGAUCAGUGGCAUCAGCCAGAUCGAUGUGACCGACUGGAAGGCCAACACACGGCUGAAACAGUGCAACGGGGACACCCAGCAGAUCGUGUGGUUCUGGCAGAUCGUUGAGACGUACUCGCCGGAGAUGCGUGCACAGUUGCUACAGUUUGUGACCGGUUCGUGCCGGGUGCCGCUGCAAGGCUUCCGCGCGCUGCAGGGUUCGACCGGUGCCGUCGGUCCACGGCUCUUCACCAUCCACCUGACGGCGGACGUACCGUUACAGAACCUACCGAAGGCCCACACCUGCUUCAAUCGGCUCGAUCUCCCGAUGUACGACACCUACCAGCUCAUGCACGACAAGUUGACACAAGCCGUCGAGGAAACGUGCGGAUUUGCGGUCGAGUAGAGUGCGGGAGAAGCAGAAUGCGCUACGCGCGACAACGAUACACGCGGACUGAAUUGUUUCGCUUUCGAUUGCGACGUACGAGCGGGUUCGUUGACGAAAGGGAAAUUAAUUUACCGUGCCCACGGCGGCCCCAAGCGGAGGACAAGGCGCGUGGAAGGAACACGUCAGGCUGAUGAUCGGUGGGCGCUCUGUGUUUUAGUAUGGCCAUAUUGUUUGGUUCCGGUAUCGAUCGAAACCCCUGCGGGGAUUUUGCCACCCGUCGGCCUGAGUGUUGUUGUUUUAUGAAAGCUCGCUCAGCACUCAGCAGCUUUGUGAAUUGUACAGGAAGAGCGUAGAGCGCUGAGAGCGGAAUCGGAACUGAGACAAACAAAUGAUAGAAUUACGACGACGGACCAUCCGGAACGGCGAGUGGCGCUGGGCGAAAUUGUAUAAAAAAGCGACGGCAAAGAGGGAAGAUUUGAAACGAAAAAUAAUUAUCGAUGUUCGCUGGCUGAAAGUAGGAUGAUCGUUUUCUGUUUUCUUCUGGCGACGAAAGAGCGAACCGCGAGUGAUACAUAGCUAUACAUAUAUAAAGGCGUACAUAAUAACUACACAUGUUAAUUGUAAAGUGAAAACGCAAAGUUCUUCUGUAAAGAGUCUGCAUAUUGGACGUAUAACCGAAGCUAAAUGUAUAAAGAGAGGUCCUCUAUUGCUUUCGUUGCAGACGGGUAGCCGAGGCAAUAAAUGUGCAUCCAGAGCGAUGUUGUGUGAGGUACCAGUGGAAACCGCGGGCAGCAGUGGGUUUGCUGGGCACAAGUGGAAAGAAAGAGUUCGUUAACGUCCAACUAAACAUAUCGCCAUCCGGUUGGGGCGCGGCUGCAAGCCCUUCUGCUCUGAGACCUCCGGAACCGACUCAGAACACCAACCACCAUGAUAGAGAUGAAACCGAAAUGGGUAACCUAACCUCGUUAAUUCCAUCGGAUGCUCCCAGCAGGCGACCGACGAGACGGUGUGGGGUCUAAAAAAUCAAUUAAAUAGUUCCAUAUUGGCCCCGUAAGAAGAAUAAUUGUUACCAGAUGACACAUUUUUGAGCUCAAGUAAAAUUCAAUUCAGUCCACGAAAGACUCCGACACUCAAAAGAAUUUAACGAAUCUUUAGUAGAAUCGAAAUCGAAGCUAGACACACAGUUAGACACACUUAUUCCGUCGUUGCAAGCUAAUCAAAAUAAUAAAGAAACUGUCUAAUGCGGGCCCUUCGGAACGGAACCUAAUCGGGGUGUUGGCCGGCCGGCGCCCAAACGCGCACAGUUAUCUAGCAAAUCGUUCGUUAGUCACCGUCAUAGCGUCGUCAAACAAAUCGUGCAAAAGGUAGAUAGAUUGUAGUUUCCGUUUUAAAAUUGCUCGGCCAUUUUAAUCGGUAGGGCCGCACGGUUUCCUACGGUUUUUACAGUGCGAGGUAGAACAUAUCAUUUGUGAAUCCGAAUGGUCUAGCUAGCAAAGCUGUUACGCGUUACCCUUUAUUCGGUUCCGACAGCCAUAGUCAUGUUGCGGAUGCGAAAGUGAGCGAAUGGUGUAUAAUUUAUGUAAAAUGCAAUUAAAUCGUAUUUCGUUUUCUUCA